AACACAGACGUGUCUGGCGCAUCCUUUUCCGAAGUUGCUUGCUUAUGAUUCUUCUGGGUGCCUCUAAUUUCUAGAGCUCCGAAAACAGUAAACCAUGAAAGAGAUCGGUUCUUCAUCCCCAGCGUCGACGAUGAACUCAGAGCGAAAGCACAAGACGACUUCGUUCGGGUCUCGCCUGAAGAAAAACUGCUUACUUGUCGUAGCUUCUUUGCAGGAAGGCCUUACAUAUGUAAAAGCCUUCUUCAUCGGUCAGACAAAGAUGAUAAAGGCGAGAAAUGAGGAGGAAGCAUCCGUAGCGGAGCUUGAGACUGAGAAGAUGCAGGUUGCGGCGGCUGACGCUGCGGAAGCGACCAAAACCAAGCUCAAUAAAUCAUUGUAAUUUUUCGUACAAUAAAGCCUCCGUCCUUUCUAUUCGUCGUUAGCGGAAAAAAAAUGCGGAAAGUUCCCCUGAUUUAAUUCUGUUUUUAGUUGCGAAUCUUUUUAGUUGCCCC